GAGCUCAGCCCGGCGUCGGUCGUUCCGCCCGCCGGUCACAGCGCGCCCUCUCUUCUGCCGGUGUCCUCCUCACCGGCCCCACCAUGCUGUCUCUAGAUUUUUUGGACGAUGUGCGGCGGAUGAACAAGCGGCAGCUGUAUUACCAAGUCCUAAAUUUUGGAAUGAUUGUCUCCUCAGCACUAAUGAUCUGGAAGGGGCUAAUGGUCGUAACUGGAAGUGAAAGUCCAAUUGUAGUGGUGCUCAGUGGCAGCAUGGAACCUGCAUUUCAUAGAGGAGAUCUUCUCUUCCUAACAAAUCGAGUGGAAGAUCCCAUACGAGUGGGAGAAAUUGUUGUUUUUAGAAUAGAAGGAAGAGAGAUUCCGAUAGUCCAUCGAGUCUUGAAGAUUCAUGAAAAAUUUGUUCCUUAUAUUGGGAUUGUGACAAUCCUCAUGAAUGACUAUCCUAAGUUUAAGUAUGCAGUACUCUUUCUGCUGGGCCUAUUCGUGCUGGUUCAUCGUGAGUAAGAAGCUGCCUUGCUGUCCCUGGGAGGUGCCGUACUCUGUGUUACUGAUGUUUGCAGUAGAUGUUGGUCCGUGGCUGGUGGAGUGGCGCGCACACAUGCUGGCCCCUCCUGGGAGCACUGGUUUGCAUUCGUUUAUGUCCCCACCCAGAGUCCGCAUGGGCAGGUGUGCGUGCCCCACUGGGCGCUCUCCAGGGGACUCUCAAUCACAGGAUUUCAUAUGUUGUCAUUGUCCCACUUUCGCAUUUUUGUACAUCAGUGGAUUUUUUAUAUUAAAAGGUUGAGCCAAAGCCCCCAGUGUUUGUAUUUUGAAGCCAAGCUUCACUUCUAAAGUGCCUACAGAGUCUGUAAGGAACACGCAGCUCUGCCCGAGUUUGAAGCCACCGUUCCUCCUUCUAAUGGGAAUGGCGCAUACGGAGGUGGUCGGAAGUUUUAACGUUUUAAAAUGUUAAAUAAAAGACUUUGCAUAUUGAA